AUGGCCGUCGGAAGCCCAGUGGCGCCUCGCACUGCACAUUCAUCCUCACAGUGGCACCGCAACAGCACGGAGGAUAUCAUAGGGACGACCCUGAUGACCAUGGUGGCGACGAGGAUCACGAUGGACAUCAUAAGGAUCCUGGCGAUGAUGGAGGUCCUGGCGGUCGGCGCCGACGGGGACGAGAUCCUCGGCAUGAGGAUGGUGCUGCCGAUCCAUGGUCUUCUGCAGGCCUUGGGCCGCGGCGUAAGCAUCCACGUGCUGGUGCGCCUGACGAUGGUCAUGGACGAGCCGUACUUCCUGAAUUACUGCCCGUAG